GAGAGCGACCACCGGCGCACUGAUUUUCUUUUUUUUACCUCGUCGUCGUCACUGCAGCCACUGCAACUUUCCGUGCAUCCAAAUGGACGCCGCCAGUACUCUCGCUCUCCACAGCCCUGCGGAACAACCAAGUCUGCUGACUGAAAAGGGUAGUGCACAAGUUAUUACGCCGGGUGCAUGAUUCGGCGGACUCCUCGAUAGCACCACUUGUAACCAACGAAGGGGCAGCGUGUGCACCGCUUCUGUCAUGGACGGGAGGCACUGGCGGCACCUGGCAAGUGGCGUCGGGCUUCUGCUCCUGCUGUACGUGUUUCCAGGCGCCCAGGCAUCCCUCUGCAAGUCUGUGUUCUCGCCCAUUUCCGGAGACAUGCCCAAGGACUUCAGCUUGAAGGUGGGCGACCCGCUGGUGCUCAACUGCACGCUUGAGACUCCCGAGUUUACGAUCUCGAGCAAGCGGUACUCGGUCAACGCCAGCCACCUGGAGAUUAAGUUCAACGACACCAAGGUUCCCAGUGAGCUGCUGACAGCGGGCGACCUGUGGGUGGCGUUCCGCAAGGAGCGCUCGGAAUAUUCGGACACGGGCAACUACAACUGCAACAUUCGCGCCCCCAGGGUGUUCCACGUCUGCGCCACGCAGGUCACCGUCGGAGAUCCACCUCUUCCCGUUAAAAACUUCCAGUGCAUCAGUUACUACUACAAGAACCUGACCUGCUAUUGGGAACCACCGCCAAAUAGUGUCAAGACCGAAUACGCGCUCGGAGAGUGGUUUGCGAUUUUACCGGCACACAAAGGCUGGUAUCGGAGGUGCCCCAUCGCAACCCACACAGGAAGUGAGUCGUCUUGUUCGUGGACUGUGGCAUCCAAGCCGGCGCUUCGCAAGGAAACAAAGAAAUUUCACCUAGUCAUGAAUGCAACGAAUGCCCUGGGCUUCAAGAACUUUUCUUACUUUAUAGAGCACAUUAAAAUAGUGAAAAUUUCCGAGCCAACAGAGUUCAAGUGCAGUGCGGUAUCGAAGAGGAGCAUCACGCUUAGCUGGAACGCUAGCGUUGAGCAGACCGAGAACCCAAAACUGCUUAUCGUCUAUCAGAUCCACUACCAGUCUCAGUAUGAGGCCUCCUGGAAGACUGUGGAGGUGUUCAACAAGACCUCGCACAUGAUACAGAACCUGAACCCGUACACUGCGUACACCUUUCGACUUCGUGGGAAGGCGUCCGAGGCGGUGCAGGAAUACUUCUGGACCGACGACGUGGUGCUUUCACAGACAACACUGAAGGACGUGCCUGAAGGGCCGCCUCGAAUAUCGAGGAGCGGCUUCAAGGUGCAGAAUUAUCAGAGCCGGCGUACCGUCGUGCUCAACUUUGCGGCUCUCCCCGAAAAGAGGUGGGGCGGGGCCACGCUCCAGUACCUCAUCACCUGCUGUGAGGAGGACGCACCCGAGGACAACUGUGAGAACAAGACUGUCGAGAUGCCCACCGCCGCGUUUGAAGACCUGCACCGUAACUCGCGCUACAACUUCCAGCUGUGGUCGGUGAACGAGAUAGGGCCCUCUCGCGUUCACUCCAGCCUUCAAGUGGACAAGUACGAUGAAAUGAUAAACGCACCUCGGGACAUAGAGGUCGUCGCCCACGGAUCCGGUAGUUACGUGGUUUCGUGGCACGCACCGUCCGCCCGCGUGCCCUACCAGGCCUCCUCAUCUUCAAUGUCAACUGAAGAGCAGGCGGCCAGCUUGGAACCGCUGGGACCCAUGAGCUACACAGUGUUCUGGUGCCCACGGAUGCUGCCGCGCUCUUACAGUUGCAACGAAUCCGUCGAGUGGCGCAAGACGGAGAUCAAUGCAUCUUCCAUAGUGCUGAGCCUCGACCCAGGCAACGUGUACCAGUUUGCAGUUGCGGCGCAGACUGUUGACAAGGCCUCGGAGAGUCACUGGACGACGUGCGUCCUUCCAGUGUCGAAAGAAUUGGAGAAGAUCACGCAAGUGACGCUGGAGAAGAACGGUGGCCAUUCCCUAUUGAUGCACUGGCAACUUGAGUGCAGCUCGCUGAAGUCUUAUGUGAGCGGCUACCAGAUCGAAGUUUGUGAGGUGUUGCCAAAGUACCAAAAGAUGGCACUACACGACGCGACAGCAUGUAUGUACAGCAAGUAUGAUCCGAAGACUUGCAAGGUGUACAACGUUUCGGACCGGGAUGCUGAGGAGGCCGAACUGCGAGGGCUGUCAACCAAGGCAGUGUACCGGGCCGUAAUAAGGGCCUCUUCCAAUGGAAAGCUGACUGAAGACAGUCCGGCGCAGUGUGCCAGGACAGAACUGGGGGUGGACGUCGGUCUCAUCGUCGGAUGUGCCGUGGGUGGAACCAUCGUCAUGUGUAUCGUCGUCUGCGGAAUCUACAUGUUGGCACGAUGGGUCAAGAAUAACGUGGACGACCUGAAAGAAUUCAAGAUUCAACUUCCCGAUGGCUUGGAUUCUUCAGAUGCAAAUCAGAUGCACAGCUUCAAAAACGCCAAGAAUGGUUCUGCUGGGAAGACGAGUGAAAGCAACCGGAGUCCGCACAUCUCCUACGGCCGGAUGGGCUGCUUCUCUGCCGCUGACAACGCUGGUCCUAAGAAACGCCACGACUCUGGGCGUUCUCAGGGCAGCAGCUCUUCGACAGAAGAGUUGCUGUACAAGAAGACACGGCGUGCAGACACCUUCGGCCGCAACCCCAGUGGUGACAGCAGCGGUGGCAGCACUAAUGGCCAGGACAGUGUUGUGUCCACCAGCACGGCGCGCACGGGCGCCAAUUCAUCGUGCGACUCCGGCGCCGAGAGUGACCCCGCAGCACCCCCUUCCCCCGACUGUCUACUCCUCGCCGGAAACCACACCCCGCUCGCUCGUUGCCGGCCCAAUCUUCCCAAGCUCGACGAAGACAGGGUCCGGGAGAGUCAAGACUCUGGGCUCGACACCGAAGUGACGCCCCCUAUCGUGGUUCCCUCGUCAGACUCAUCGCAACCGUCCUACAGCAAACUCGUGGUGACCCCAGACGUGCAGGCACCACUGCUUCACAGUCAGGCCCUGGCUACGAGCGAGCCAUCGCUAUUUGAUGGAACAGAGAACGUUCCAGAACCCAUCGAGCCCCUCCCACCGUACAGCAAGUUUGGUUUGGCAAGAAGCAGUGAGGACGUGUCCACCGCACCUUACACCAUGUGCAGACUGUCUCCGGCCACGAGGAGGCUGGAUGGGCCCCCGGCACUUCCCUACUCCCAGCUUGCACUUCGGCAACAGCCAGGCGUAAAUGGCUUGCCAAAUAAUGUGUUUCCAAACGCAGACGUCACUGUCGGGCUUGCGCUGGAACAGCCCAGGCUAAUGCCGAACCUCAAGAACGAGCCCAUGCCGUUGUUUUCAAAGCCGCAACCAAGCGCAUAUGUAACUGUGGGGCAAGCCAUGAAGACCCAGCCGCCCAUGACCGAGCCACAGUCGGGCCCAGCCUACUCCAAGUUUGGCAUCCAGCCUUCGAAGCCACUUACCAGGCCGAACGUGGCGGCCUACGUGCCGCUUCAGGCCGUAGUCAAUGUACGCCAAGCUGCCCUCCCAGCUACUAAAACCGUGCCUGCCGAAGAACCCGAUCCCCGCGACAACCACAUCCGCGACCCGGACUCCUCUUCAGAUGACAUGGCCAUAGUUGGUGACGACAAUAGUAACAAUGCUUCGCUCGAGGACUUUUCAUUUUCAAGUGCCUCUGGGCCUGGUGCGGACGAACUUGCGGAAACCUGCCAGUCGCCACUGAACACGUCGGAACAGACACCUGUGUCUGUUGACCCUGCAACAAAGCCACCCCCUCUAGAUCUGACCAGGGAGCCACAGAUUGCAUCCAAUGGCUACAUGCGCCUGCCGUGCGAGUCUCCAAGUGAAACACAAAGUGUGACUCCCUACGUGACGCACGGGGCUGCCGUUCACUGGGGGCGUUCCGCACCCAGAGACAACGAGACGAAUGUGGACAAUAGUGCACUACCUCCGGCAACAUCGGCACCGUAUGUUGUGCUGCCCAAUACAGCCGACCCCAUCAAUUCGAGGACUUCUGUCAGCUUUGUGCCCGGCGUCAAGCCAGAGCGCGUUGACUGCUCGGUGUGACUCACGUGAGGGCCUAUAGGAAGGUAUGCUGUUUCUAACGCAGAUACAGUGCCGCUGCUGGCAGCUUGCAUAUUUCGCGGCUGCUCUGUGCGAAGGGGUUUCUUGUUAUGUGGCCGCAGCCGUCGAGAUGUCUUGGGCGGGUCUGUAACUUGCUGUGUUGGAUUAUCACUUCUCUCUCUCUUGUUUUUACACCUGUCAUAUAUUGUCCCCCCUUUGCGACAGUCUGGUAACCCUCUCAGGGGAAAACAAAAAUAGCGGGGUGGUUUCUUUAUAUCUGACACUCUAGUCAUGAGCGGGAGUGCUUUUUACCGUUGCAGGCUUGUCUCUCAGGACAGCAAAGACUUUCGGAAGGAACAGCCGCGAGCUGUAGUGUGGGAAUAGAUGCGAAGCAUUUUUCGUUACUAUUGUAGCUUAUUCAGGGACAAGGACGUUUCCGUGAGGUGAGCGGAAGGACGAAUCGCAUCGAGGGCUCGUGCCUGCUCAUUGUCAUAGUCAUUCACCCUCAUAAACCAGCCUGGUGAGCUCAUCUCAAGCACGUGUGAGUAGGUGUAAAAGGAGGCUUUUGUUCGCCUGUUUUGUUCAGGAGUCUGCGCCUGCCAAUGUCUUGUGAUGCAGCAUUUUGCAUUUCUGGAGGCAAACCCGGUAGUUGCUGAAUCGUCUUCAAGCCUGUGCACUGCGGCUGACAGUUUGUUCAAAGUGUGCACCAUGUGGCGUAGGCUUUAACGUUCCGGCAAAGAACAAGCAUAACUUGGCAGUCAUUCUUGUGGCUUGCCCAGUACAAGAGCAUCUCUUUAGUUGUGCCAAAUAAAAGCACGGCAUAUGUCCUUUCUUGUUUUUCAUUUUGCAGAGUUUGUUUUUAUUUUAUUCCAUGCUGUCUGUGUAAUGUCACAAGCUGUUGCAAAUUGUAAAAAAGUUCUCUUCCCUGUUCUCUCUAUUUUUUUAUUUUUUUUUAAUUUCACAAGAAUUAUGUACAGGCACGAAGCUUCUGAAUGGUCUGUAGCAUGUUUUCCGUUUUUGGCAUAGUUUGGAUUUUGCGCGAUGUUCAUUGUGACUGUGCAAUAUGUUUUGCUUCAGUGCAUUUUCCAGCGAUCCUUUCGGAUUGUACAGUGUAGACCUCUUCAGAUUUCAAAGGGGAAGCUUUCUGCACUCUUGCAGGGCAAAUGCCUAUCUCUUUGUGUGAACUUGGAAAAUUUUCACUGCGGCUAGAUUUUGUCAUCGUUCAGCAGGUGCAAGAUUUCUUUUUUCUUUUUUGAAAGGUACGGCUUUUGUAGAAUGAAGGCUUCUGCGAUCGUGAAGGGUCAUUUCAAACGAUAGCUUUAGUGCACGAGCUGUCCUGGGACAAGCAAGAGCGACCGACCUCAAAUUUGUUGGAUUUAUUCUUGACACAAUAGCUAUUUUCCAGUAAAUGUGGAAUGUUUGAACACUCGGUGUACUUAGGUGCAAGUGUUUAUGAACAGGUCCAUCUCCAAUCGUUAUGCUUUACCUUAACCUUUGAGGCCUUUGGGUGUACCUUCACUUCUUCCGUCAAUCGUAAGUGAUAACUGCGCUGUUCUAAAUCGCGUAUUCAUGACCAGCGCCUUGGCCUACUGCAUUGUUGUCAUCACAUCAUUGCAUUUCAUCAAACAGGUCUCGGAGAUGAGUAUACCUUUUGAUCAGACAUUGAAGCACACCUCUUCCAUGAUGUCUUGUUUCUGUCGUAACAUUAUUUGACAGUGUGUGCAAUUUGCCAUGGGAGCUCAACAAAAUUGCCGUUUCAGUAAUUAGGUGGCAAAAUGAUUGCAUAAUUGCUUGAUAUAAAAAUUGAGGCAAUCAAUCAAAUAUAUUCAAGAUGGCAUAGAAAGGCUGUCUAGAAUGCGAACUACUAACGAGCUGUUUUGAAAACAUUUUGGCUUAGUAUGCAUGCCCAAGCUAGUCGGGACAGUUGUGGUCACAGUAAAUAAAAUAUCCUGGUAACCGGUCUUGUGGCCCAAGCAGCACAUUAUUCCCCACUCAAUAUUUCCAUUGGUUUUUCAAUUCAUUGUGAAGCUGGUUAGACCUGUGCUUUAUUCCCUUAAAUAUUUGCAGGUGAUCCAAAAUAAUAGUACUGCACAGAAAAUCGUUGCCAAGUAGAACUUGUUAUCCAGUAUACACAAAAAUGCAUUGGAUCAAGCGUUGUUCUUUCUACAUUCUUUGUAUUUAUUGCACCCGUUACUAUAAUGCCUCAGUUCAUGAAUAGGCAUUACAAUGUAGACAUGAAAGUGAAUGUAAUUAAGUGAAUUUCACUGAUGAGCAGUCCUAUUGCUGAUGACAGGCAGAGUAAUGUACAGUCCUGCUCAGCUUCACUCCUUUGUUGUAUUUAACUCCUGUUUCUCGUACUAUUGCGCAAGUGCUCCUCUAUCGCCGUUCUCGUCUCAUCAGUUCCAUCUCAGACACAUCUGUGAAUAAACCCAUUUGCAUAUCUGGUGCUCAGCUCUCAUCAGCUGCGCUGCUGAUCGCUGUAAAGAGGCAUGCAGCGCCCACCUGUGCCGUUGGCUAUUGGUGCUAAGUGUCACUGACGCCGGUGGCAGGACGGGGCACUCUUCGCAGAAACCUUCAUGUGUUUGUGUGCUCUAGGCAUUUGUGGUGAGGCAUUGCGUCUCGCUGUACGCACAAUCGUGGCCUUUUCGCAGGCUAGAAUAGUGGAAAUGCUGUAGCAUGGUGUCGCGCAAUGCAUCCUCACUAUUUUAUUACAUCACUUGCGGCGACCAGCUUUGAGGCCACGCGUCAUGUCUGGCACUGCAUGCAGGGGUGUCUCUUAAUAGAGAAACAAAGAAAUGAGAAAAUUGACUCUAAA